UGUACAUAAAUUAUGUUUAUAGAUUUACAGAAUAUUACUUUUUCCAGAAUAUUAUAAUAUAAAAAUGAAUUUGAUGAAAAACAACUCAACCGCCUCAAGAUGGGUUAAUCAUCAUGUUGGCAAUAUCCAGAACGGUGGACCCUCUGGACCCGCACUUCUUCCUGAAGGAAUACAAACUCAAGUUUCAGGUAUAGGAAUUUGUUUUGUUCGAUCCGCACUUCUUCCUGUAGGAAUACAAACUCAAGUUUCAGGCGAAGAAAUUUGUUUUGUUCGACCUGCACUUCUUCCUGUAGGAAUACAAACUCAAGUUUCAGGAGAUGAGAAAUUUCUCGAGAGAAUAAGACAACUUGAAGAUGAACUCGACAAAGCAAGGUUCAUCCAAGAAGGAAAGUAGGACAGCCCUAGAAGUCAGAUUUUUUAUUUGAUCUAAAAGAACUCAAGUUUGAAACAUCAGAGGACUACGAAUUCGGGUUCCAAUUAUAAAGAGAUUUAAAAAUCAGAGUUGGUGGCAAGAACCCAGUUCCGUUAUACUACUAAAUACGUUGGUCAAUGCGAGAACUUGAUUUCUUUCUCGGUAAAGUCAGGGUCCUUGGAUGUAUAAAUGUUGGGAAGUCAACUAUAAUCAACGUGAAAAUAUUGCAAAUCUAGGAAAUCUUUUAACACAACAAAGUCGCGAGUUGAGACAGGAGAAACAAGAGAAAGAGAGGAAAAAAAAAUACUUCUCAGAAAUUAUAAGGAGAAAAGAUGAAAAGAUCAAGGGAUUAAGAAACGGAAAGCAAAAUUAGUUACCUGGAGUUGGAUGAUCUAAAACUACUAAUGGAAAUAUAAAAAAGUAUUUACAAAAUAAUUUGAUAAAUUGAAAUAUCAGA